AUGAAACAUAUUGGCCAUUUAGCUAUUGAUCCUUCGUUCUAUGACUGUGUGUACAGCACUCCAUUUGGUCGAACGAUCAUUGAAAGAUGUUAUAAGGAUUUCGGUUGUUGCUUGACCACAUGUUGCUCUGAUCAGGACUGGAAAAUCAAGUAUGCAUGGGCUUUAGCGCUGAUUGUGGCAUUCUGUGCUCUUGUCGUUCUUGCUGUGGUAAUCUGGAUGAUAGUCUGGCUUGUGAAUCGCAACAAAGAUAAAAAACAGAAACGUCUACUAGAAGAUUCUGGAAUGCCUCAGGCAAACUCGAACGUUAGUUGGUCUUGA